AUGAAAGCAGGAGUUUAUGAAGUUCAAACCUCCCCUGUGUCAAGCAGUUCCGAUAACAUAUUAGCUAAGGAUGAUUCAAAUUUGGGAGGAGUCCAUAGAAAAUUAGAAGGCAGGCAUGUACAGUUGACUCAAUAG